UUCUUCGGAUAUUUUUUUGGAUUUUUCAGAUUUUUCGGUUUUUUCGGUUUUUCAGGUUACCCGUUCGGGUUCAGUUAAUAAAACUUCGGGUUCGGUUAAUAACACUUCGGGUUCGGAUAUGUUUUGUACCAACUUACAAGACCCAUCCGAAUAUUUUUUACAUUUUAGACCGGAUACGGAUCGGGUUCGGUUCGGAUUUCGGGUUACGGAUAUUAUGCCCAGAACUAUUUUUGAGAUUGAUUAGGACAGUAUAGAUAAACUUUGUGGAACUAUUUAAUAUUUCAAAAUUCAUGAAGAGGACUAAUGAAAUCUACAUUAUGUUUCUUUUAUGUGUCAUAUUUAUUGAAAAGGCCCACUAUAUUUAAAUUCUGAAACGAGCCCAUUUACUUAUGGACAUUUAAUUUGCUUUUAUCAUGGAUUUUUUUUUUUUUUUGACGUCUAUCAUGGAUUUAAUAACAGUAACAUUUACUCAUUUUUGUUGCUAACUUGGUUUGUCAAUGUAAGUAACAGAGACCUAUGGUAAAAAAUCCUACAGAACAUACAAAUUUAUUGGAGAAGCAAGAUUAUAACUAACAAGUAACAGAGAUGCAAUAACUCAUGAUAAAAGCAAAUGUCUCUUUGUUCUCAUCCUUUUGCUACUUGAGAUGUCCCUUGAUAAACCUUAAUAAUUAGGUGAUUCAAAGUGUCCUUUAACUAAUGUUGGAAUUUAAGUAGGAUAAAAGGUAGCAGCAAUCGGUGCGAGUCCACUGGUACUGGUAAUCUAUAGAGGUCCAUUGAAUCAUGAUUAAAAAAAUAUUGAUUACCUACCUCUUCAUGCCUAUUAGUUUAGCAAUGAAUUCAUUAAUUAAGAAUAUUGACAUGCUAAAUUCAACUGUUAUUAUUUGUUUAUUUUGAAAAACGAUGGCCUAUAGUCAACGAAUUAGCGGUUUCAUCUCGAGUUCUUUUUAGUUUCAUGAUUUAUACAAAUUUCGCGUAUAACUCAGAUAUGCGUCUUUGUUAAACCUAAGUGAUGAUACAACAUCGACAUUGAUAUAUAGACCAUUCACUUAUAUAAAUUUAUGUUCAUUUGUAAUCGUUGUUUGCUUAGUCGAAAUGGUUAGUCGAGUUGUGCAUUCAUAUAUCUAAAUGAUUGUUCGUAAACAAAUUUGUGUGAGAAAUGAUAGUAACUUUUCACUUUAUGGUGGUGGUUGCAAUAAACAGCUACUAAAACAAUUUGAUGGUCAGUAUAAUUAAAUAUCUUCAAAAAUGCGUGAAAAAAGUAGAGAAGAUUCACGAGAAGCAACCUAAAGUUCCACGCUUUUCCUGAAGUAAACAAAGCCUGAUGAAGAAUCCAAAAUACUAUCUAAAGUUAUAUUAUACACAAUGACAUUGACCAUUUUUAUUCAUUAUGGUUUGACAUUGAGCCUCGUUUCUUUUGUUAAUCAGCCUCAUUUCUUUUUAUAACUAUGUUAUCUUGUAAUUGAAAAUCAAAUUUUAUAUCUUUAAUAAAAAUAUGUUUAAUUUUCAAGCUAAAAAAAUAAUCUUUGUCGGUUUCCAAAUGACAUUAAAGACCAAGAAGGCGAGCUAAAGAAGUUCUGCUAAAAUGAGACUGGAGCUUGAAGCAGGCUUGCGUAGGAUACAACGUGCGCACACGUCUAUGUGGACCCGUUGUUUUCACAGUUAAAGCUGACUGGUUCCGACUCUAUUGUUUUACACAUUUUCUGGAUUAAAAAUCAAAUAAAAUAAUUUGGAACAUUCAAAAUAUAAUCUCCCAAAUGUUAAUUACAAUCAUUGCCAAAAUUUAUACAUAAGAAUCUUAUAGUAACAGUUAUACUCGCAUAUUGGGGUUAAGAUUUUUGAUACUUUGUUUCAUUUGAUGUAAUAGGCAAGAAAAUUAACGGAUAUUAAGCUUCCAUAAAAUUGUAUUAAGUUAAUUUGUUAAUGCAAAGGAGACACCACAAUAGUACUGUAGAAAGUAAACCGAGAGACGAAACUCUACAAUCAAACACUUAUGUUUUAUUAGAAUCUUUUUAAAACAAUCUAUUACAAGAUCUGCUUAAUUCGCUUUUACAACGUCUAGCGUUAACACCCUAACAUACACUAUUGAAAGAUUCCUAAGCUACAACGCUUAUGUUUCUCUUCCGUCAAGUACUUCAGCAACUGCUUCAGCACGACCAAGACCACACUCAAGAGCUUUUCUCUUUCUGUAAAAUCAGCCUCUGUGUCUGUAUCUUUCCCAACGACCCUCAUAGCUAUUUUAUCAUUAACUCCACAUUCUUCAAUGCAUUUUCUCCAAGGCAUAAUGAAUAUGGACAUCUUUCAUAACAAUAAGUGCAACUUUCCUUUUCUUAGAAUUGCACUUAUUCCACUUCCUUUAAGUCAUAAACUUGCUCCCCAAGCUUAUUCAUAUUGCAUUUUCUCCAAGAUACUCCCUUGCUCUCCAAGUCUCUACGAAUCCAACUCAACAUCUUGACUCCACAUGGUCUUCACCACUCAACAUGUCGUCUGCGUCAGCAACUACGUCAGCGACUACUUCAGGGCAGACAUCUUGCAUCUUCAAUCUCUCCCUUUUAGCUUUGUGUGCCGAUCAAGCACAACAUUCUUCUGGUUCAAUAACCACGUUCCUCAUAUGGAAACUUCCACACCAAAUGUGUUUUUCUCCCCCACGAGAUGUGCACCACAACAUGCUUUUCUCCCCAAUGAGAUAUGCACUCCUUUAAUCAGAACGUCACCACUUCUCCCCUUGCUUGAUUGCAUACUAAGCUAAAACACAGAUGCUUAGAUGUCAAGCCUUCCAUCACAGACACACCUGUCUGCUUCUCAUGCAUAAUCAUGAUACAGCUUCUGCUGCAGCGGAAUAGAUUACAAGUACUGCAUCACGAUCUGACGCACCUGUCGAACUACCCUUCGACCAGCUUCGGUUGAGGACUGGCUUCCUUCAUGUGUCGUCUUCUUGACCAUGAGUCCUUCCCCAUCCGCACCGAGUGCACUCUGCACUCGUUGCUAUUGUCUUGGAGUGACUUCACUAUCACCCUUCUGAAGAUCACCUUGCAUCACUUCCUGACGCACUUCGAUCUCCUUCCCCUUUGUGCCACAAACAACUUCGUGUCCUGGCUCCAGACUUGAUGCUUCUUGAUCAACCUCAAGAUCACUCCUACCAGAGCUGCAUCCAUCUUCUGAUGUCUCAUCCUUGAUCUCAUCAAGUAAGCCACUUUUGGCUAAGGACACCUCUUCAACCCUCUUGGAUUUAGUGAACGCCUUGUUCACCUUCUUGGCCAUGUUUCUGCUCUUCUCACGAGCAAAACACUCCGCCUACUUGUGUCCAACCUUUCCACAGAACCAAUAGCACAUCUGAUGUUGCUUCUUGUUUGGCCUGACACAGUUACUGAUGCACCGAUCAGUCUCCUUCCUUGUACCAGAUUAGGCAUGUGCAUUCGGGUCCUCGGGUCGGGUUCGGGUCGGGUCGUUGCGGGUCCGGGUCCUUCGGGUCUAAGAGUUUAGGACCCAAUAGGGUAAUUUAAAAUUCUCGGUUCGGGAUCGGUUCGGGUCUUCUCGGGUCCGGGUCGGAUCUUAGAUAGUUAGACCCAAUUGGGUAACUAGAGUUUGUCGAUUCGGUUCGGUUACGGUUCGGAUUCGGUUCGGGUCAUGUCGGGUCCAACCCAAAAAAUACCUAAAACACACAGAAAAUAUUUUAAAAUAUUUAAAUACUAAAAAAUAUGAGAAAUUUUAUCUAAAAUCUGAUCCAAAGACAUGCAAAGGAGACACCACAAUAGUACUGCAGAAAGUAAACCGAGAGACAAAACUCUACAAGCAAACACUUAUGUUUUAUUAGAAUCUUUUUUAAACAAUCUAUUCCAAGAUCUGCUUAAUUCAGCUUUUACACGUCUAGUGUUAAGACCCUAACACACGCUACUGAAAGAUUCCUAAGCUACAACGCUUAUGUCUCUCUUCCGUCAAGUACGUCAACAACUGCUUCAGCACGACUGAGACCACACUCAAGAGUUUUUCUCUCUUUGUAAAAUCAGCCUAUGUGUUCUUUCCCAACGAUCCUCAAAUCUAUUUUAUCAUUAACUCCACAUUCUUCAAUGCCUUUUCUCCAAGGCAUAACGAAUAUGAACAUCUUUCAUAACAAUAAGUGCAACUUUUCUUUUUUUGGAAUUGCACUUAUUCCACUUCUUUUAAGUCAUAAACUUGCUCUUCAAGUUUAUUCAUAUUGUUUUUUCUCCAAGAUACUUUAUUGCUCUUCAAGUCUUUACGACUCUAGCUCAGCAUCUUGACUACACAUGGUUUUCACCACUCAACAUGUCGUCUGCGUUAUCAACUACGUCAGCGACUACUUCCGGGAAAAAAUCUUGCAUCUUCAUAAUCGAAUCUCUUUUGUUUUUGUUUUUCAAUAUAGAAAGGAUAAUUGACUUGAAACACCAAUAGACAUAAAGGAUUUUGAGUCGCCAUAACAAUUGUCAACGACACAACGCGUUUAUUUGAUAAUAUUUUACUUUGAUGCGCUUUAUUCUCUUUGAUAUAUGCAUUUUGUUGUACGUAUAUAUACAUAUUAAAAUAGUGUUUAGUAUUUACAUUGACUUCACCACAUAAAACCCCCGUGGUCGAAACGAACACAUAUAUAAGCCAACGGAUAUGGCGAAACUAUCAACACACAUAUUUCAAAUCUGGAAUACACAAACAAUCUACUUUACUGUUUAGCAUUCGUGUGCGUAUUUUUUUGUUGUUUAGGCAAUUUCUUUUAUCAAUUGGGCUUCUUCUUCUUUUUUCUCUACAAGCUCAUUUUUAUUUCUCCAAAUUAAUUCUUAUUUUUUGCACAAACUACAAAUGAAAAUAGCUUUGAACAUGAAUGGCUACUUAGAAGAGUUCAUGAAAGCUCUUGAACCGUUCAGGAAGGUAACUUCAUCUCCUUCUCCAUCUUCAUCAAAACCAAUACCGAUUACUCCUGAUAACCAAACAUUACCGGUAUGUAAUCAAACUGGUCCAAUUGGGCUAAACCAGCUCACUCCCACUCAAAUCCUCCAAAUUCAAACAGAGUUACAUCUCAGACAAAACCAAGCUCGUCGUGGCUGCAGUGGCCACAACGUCAAUGUUCUGAACGCUAAACCAACCCUAAUGAAGAAAACCAACGUAACUAAACCGGCUAAACUAUACCGAGGCAUUAGACAACGCCAUUGGGGCAAAUGGGUUGCUGAGAUCCGGUUGCCUAAAAACCGAACCAGGUUAUGGCUCGGUACGUUCGAAACCGCGGAAGAAGCUGCAUUAGCUUACGACCAAGCUGCUCAUAAGAUCAGAGGAGAAAACGCUCGUCUCAACUUCCCGAACAUUGCUCGUCGUGGAGAAUAUAAAAAGACCUUGUCUCCGUCUGUCAACGCUAAGAUCGAAUCCAUCUGCAAUAGCUCAGAGCUUCCCAUGUCUGAGCUCAAGAAACCGGCGGAAACAGAAGAAGUGUUCUUUGGUUUUCACUACACGGAUCCUAAAGUGGAGCAAGAACGCGAAGCUCCUGAUGAAUUCGGAUACGGGUCGGGUUAUUCUCCUGAGUCGGAUAUAACGUUGUUGGAUAUUAUCUCAAACGAAUGGAUGAAGGAAGAUGGGAGCUUUUGCAUGGGUUUGCAGAAGUGUCCUUCUUUUGAGAUUGAUUGGGACGCUAUAGAUAAACUCUCUGGAUCUAUUUGAUAUUUAGAAAUUCACUCGUUUACAAUUUUUUU